UGAUUUUGCAUUUCCGGGUAGGGGGCGCGUGCUAGCCACGCACCCUACCUGCGCCGCUGUUCAUGAUCGCGGCUUCCUCCUCCCUGUUAGCUCGGGCACACUGCUGUGGAUGGCUGUGCACACAGCCCCCUUGUAAAACACUCCCAGCACACAGUUAACCCUUUGAUCGCCCCUCAUGUUAACCCCUUCCUGCCCAGUGCCUUUAGUACAGUUGUCAGCACAUUUUUUCUUAGCACUGAUCACUGUACUGGUAUCACUGGGGAUGUCAGUGACACCAAGUCAGUUCCCCAGUAUCAGUCCU